CGUUCACGUCCCUAGCCCAGAGACCAGUCAGCGACUCGUUCAGCUCUAGCUAGCUAGUAGGAUUACAUCUUGUCAGUGUCUCUCUGACAACGCUAGCGAAAUAUGUCAAAGUUGGAGCAGAUCCUUGUUCUCGAUCCCCCCUAUGACCUCAGAUUUAAAGGUCCCUUCACUGAUGUAGUCACCACCAACCUGAAGCUAAAGAACCCAUCUGAUGGAAGAGUAUGUUUCAAAGUGAAGACCACAGCUCCCAGGAGAUACUGCGUACGGCCAAACAGCGGCAUCAUCGAUGCCGGUGCUACCGUCACCAUCUCUGUAAUGCUCCAGCCCUUUGACUACGACCCCAAUGAGAAAAGCAAACACAAAUUCAUGGUCCAGAGCAUCUUUGCUCCUCCCAAUGUUGCCGAGAUGGAUGCAAUGUGGAAAGAUGCAAAACCAGAUGAUCUCAUGGAUUCCAAGCUGAGAUGUGUAUUUGACCAGCCUUCUGAAAACAAUAAAGUGAAUGAGGUGGAUGCCAGCAGCAAAGCGGCAGCCCCUGUGCUGAACUUGUCCAAGGCGGUGGACGGUCCCGUGGUAACAGCAGCUAAGACCAUCAGCGCCUCGAUGGACGACUCCGAGAUGAAGAAACUAACGGGGGAGUGCAAGAGACUGCGAGCUGAGAUGGACAAGCUGACCAACGAGAACCUACAACUCAAGGACGACGGUGUUAGAAUGAGAAGGGCUGCCCAGCGUUCUGACCACAUGGCAUCAAACCAGACUGGCUCCUCCUCCUCCUCCAUGAUGCAACAGACGACCUCCCUUCCCUCUCUCCUCGUUGUCAUAGCAGCCAUCUUCAUCGGAUUCUUCAUUGGGAAGUUUAUCUUGUAAACUGGAGCUCUGAAACGGCACCCUAUUCCCUAUGUAGUGCACUACUUUUGAACAGAACUGAUAGGGAGUCCCAUAAGGCUCUGGUUAAAAAUAGUGCACUACGUGGGGAAUAGGGUGCCGUUUCGGACAGAGCGCCCUGGGAGACUCAAGACAACCCCUCGGCUCCGGAAUCAAAAUGCCUAGAUGGAACUGACUAAACCAAGAAGAAGUCGUCUUUCUGUUGACUCUGUUGCCAUAUCAGAAGUAGUGCUCUGUCUGCAGUAGCCACGUCGUCUGUCUGUACUGCAUCUGAAGUACCAGGGCCCCGCUGCCUUUUUACAAGCGCUUACACGGUUAGUGUACACACAGAGGAAGGAAGGAAGGAAGGAAGGAAGGAAGGAAGGAAGGAAGGAAGGAAGGAAGGAAGGAAGGAAGGAUGAGAGAGGAAAAAGAUUGCUCCAUUUUAGUUUUUCUGCUUUUUUGAUGGACAGACAGGUUUGUGCAGGUAUGAGGUAUACGUCCCAAAUAUUACCCUAUUCCCUUUUAUAGUGCACUACUUUUAUGGGCCCUGGUCAAAAGUAGUGCACUAUAAAAGGGAUAGAGUGCCAUUUGGCACACACAGGAAGUGGUACACUAUCGAUCAACAUGGAGGACACUGUUAGAAUACGUCAGUAGCGUUCAUACCUUAUUUUGAGGAGCGAAGAUCUACAAGUGGUUAGAAAAGCAAGGUUCUAUUACUUCCACCAAUUCAGAUCUGUGAUUAUUUCAAGGAAGAUGGGUAGGAAGGAACUAUGGGUAGGAAGGAACUAUGGGUAGGAAGGAACUAUGGGUAGGAAGGAACUAUGCAUUUCUUUAGUAUUGGAACAGGGCCCUAGAGUCUCAUCAUGGGGCAUGAAGCAGUCAAAUAAACCAAUCGUCUUCUC